AUGUUUUCCUCUCUAUCCUUUUCUUUUCUUUUCCUCUAUGUUUCUCUGUUUUCUUUAUCUCCAUUACUAUCUGUUUCAUUUAUCUGCCUCAUUUUCGUUCUCUUUUCCAUUAUUUCCUGUUCUGUUAUUUUCAUUAAUUUUUGUUUUUCUAUAUGUCCAUUUCUCUCCUUUUUAUACUUUUCCUGUUUUUAUAAUUACUUUUUUCUUUUUUUCUGCGCGCGCUUUUAUUUUCCUUUUUCUAAUUUCGGUUUCAUUUUCAUUUUUCAACUCUUAUUGUCGUUUUCAUUUUUUUAUUAUCGCUUUCUUCUACUUUCACUUUCUUUCCAAUUUCCUACUUUCGCUUUUAUUUUAAUCUUUUACUUUCACUUUCAUUUUCCUUUGAUCUUUGACCCUUUCUUUCCUCUUUUUUAUUCUUUUUCUUAUUUCCUUUUUCGUCAUUUUCAUUUAUCUUCCCUUCCACUUUUCUUUAUUCUCCAUUUUCUCACCCUCUCUUUAUUACUUCAGGCGCCGGGCAAUAAACCCAGCCUCCUCCCGAAGGAGAGCAAUUUAAUCUCUCUCUCUCUCUCUCUCUCUCUCUCUCUCUCUCUCUCUCUCUCUCUCUCUGUUUGUCUCUGUAUAUUUGCUUUUUAUUUUUUCUCCAUCUCUACUUUUAUUUAUUUGUCUUUGCAUUUAUUUCUCUCCCUUUUUGCUUUUAAUUCACUCAGUCUCUGCUUUUAUUUCUCUCUCUCUCUCCCUCUCUCCCUCUCUCUCUCUCUCUCUGCUUUUAUCUAUCUCUUAAUUUCUCUCUUUCACUCUCUCUCUAUGCUUUAUUUUUUCUCAGCUUUUAUUUCACUCCCUCUCUACUAUUGUUUAUCUCCCUAUCUGCUUUUAUUUCUCUCUCUCUCUCUCUCUCUCUCUCUCUCUCUCUAUUUCUCUUUCUGCUUUUAUUUGACUCUCUCUGCUUUUAUUUUUUUCUCUCUCUCUGCUUUUAUUAUCUCUCUCUGCUUUUAUCUAUCUCUCUCUUAA